AUGUUCAAGACAAAGAGACCAUAUUUACCAAUCAAUAUAGUUGAGAAGAUAAUAAGUUUCGUAGAUGAUGAUGAUAUACUUGGAGAAUUGUUAAAGAAUCCAUCCAUACAAACUUUAGUUGCAAAGUUCAAAAUUCCAAAAUUUACAAUAGAAAAUGAAUACAAUGCAUCAGCGUUAACGCAACAUGAAGGAAACGUAGAUAAUUUUAUUGGAAUGUGUUAUCUUUAUAAUUUUGUACCUGAUUUAAUUGAAUGUACUUUAAAAAAUUUUAAGACUAUAUAUGAAGCCAAAUUCAUUAAUUCGUCAGAAAAUAUUAAUUUAAAGAAUUCAUCAUUUGAAAUUGAAUUUGAAGAAAAUGAUUCACUUGUUGAUUUAAAAUUUAUUUUAAAUAAUUUUAGAGUUACGAAAAUUAUAAAAGUUGAUCCUAUCGAUCUUUAUAGGAUGGAAAUUGCGUUAAAUAAUUCAGUAGUGGAAGAUCACUUUGAUAAUGGUAAUAAUGAUUAUAUAGAAGAUCAUUAUUCAUUUUUAAUUAAUUCAUUGAAUUUAGAAAGAACAGAUGAAGCCAAAAUGUUAAGUCCAAUCCCAAAAGUUUAUAUCACAUCAAUAGAUAUAGAGGAUCACUUUGAUUAUGGAUCCGAGACACUCCCCAAAGCCUUAAAGGAACUAAAACUUACUGUAUCUCGUGGCAUGGGUGAAGGUCGAGAUAUUAGUUACUUGACCAACUUGAAUAAAUUAGUUGUCACUGAUGGUUUUUAUGAUCGUGAUGAAUAUUGGCCAUCGGUUCUAGAUAAUCCUGCUUCAUUUACUUUCUUAGAUCAAAUCAGAUUUCCAGGCACAUUAGUUGAGCUAGAACUAUACAAUACUGGUAUCUCAAAUUUUGAUGAUUUAAUAAAAUUUGAACAAUUAAAAUCAUUAAAACUUAUGGAUUGUUUCGAAUUAUUUACCAUUAAUAGUCAUUGUUUGCCAAAGACUUUAGAGUCAUUAAUUAUUGACUCAUCAUUCUAUUUCAAAACUCCUGAGAUUCAUGUAAUGGAAGAAUUUUACUCAAAUGCAGAAGGAAUGUUAGAACUUGAACCAGGCAAUAUAGAAUUUAUUGAUGAAGAUGAAGGAGGGUGUGUGAAUUUAUUUAGAAAUAAUAUUUUACCAUCAAAUAUAAUUAACUUAGAAAUUUUAUACUUACCAAACCACGUAUUAAGUAUCGGAAAUGAUUUACCAUAUUUAAAAUCCAUUAAGAUUAAUAAUAUUCGAGAAUUUGAUUUUGAUUCACUUAUUGAACAUACCGGUGAUCAAUUGGAAACUAUUUCCGUACUAGGUGGUAAGGAAAUGGAUUUUGAUGAUUUUAAGUUUCCAACAAGCUUAAAACAGUUAACAGUGGAUUAUUCAAUAUUUAAUAUAGGGGUAGAUCAAUUGGAAAAUUUGCAAAAUUUAAAACUACUCAAAUUAUCCGGGUUUGAUGAUUCAUCUGACUUAUUUAAACUACCACCAAAUUUAAAGUAUUUAAAAUUACAUAAUUCUCAGGAUUCUAAAUUUUUUGAUUCAAGAUUUCAUCAUUUCAAUAAUUCAAUUGAUUUCAAUUUUUUAAAAGAGUUAGAAAUAGAUUAUACUUAUUCUAGUAUCAACUUUUUUGAAAUUACUUUACCUAAAUGUAUUCAAAAUAUCAAACUUUAUGAAACUGGUGAUAGUAAAGUUAAAGUAAAUAUUUCAAAUUUAUUUGAAUUGAGUCAAUUAACUACAUUAAACGUCACUAAUAUACAUUUACAAAAUAGUUUAAAUGAUAUUCAAUCACUGGUUAAAGAUUUACAUUUAUGUGCUACAAAAGGAAGACCAUUAUUAAGAGGUGAUUUUAAUCAUCUAAAAAAUCUAAAAAGUUUAAAAGUAUCUCAAUAUAGAUUCAAUAACUUAGAUUUAAAUCAAAUAUCCAGAAGUGUUAAUGCAAUAGAAUUUGACAAAUUAACAAUCAAAAAGGUAAUUGGGGAUUUUGAACAUAUGACUUACCUCAAGUAUUUAAAUAUUAAAAACUCAAAAUUUACAAGUAAUAUUUUAAAAGAAAUUGAAUUUCCAAGUUCACUAACAAAUUUAUCAUUAGAUUUAAAUCCAAUUCAUGAUUUGUCUUCAAUUAAUAUUGAAAAUUGUUAUUAUUUAGAAUAUUUUUCUUUAAAAAAUAUAAUUACUAAAAAUCGUAAUGAAAUUAUAAAUGAUGGCAUAUUGAUCAAUGAUUUAUCGGAAUUUUGCCCUAAUUUGAUUCACGCUACUUGCACCUAUGGUUUAAAAGGUAAUCGGCUUCUUAAUAUCACAAUUCAUCGUGGUUGA